AGUGGCUGAGCUGCUGACAGGAGGCGGCGGCGGAGGAGGAGGCGAGGCAAGACCUGCGGCUCCGCGGGGCCACUGCCGCGGUAGCUCUAGGCAACCCCACGGAGCUACGCCGGCCACAGUCAGCUCGCGAGCCUCUCGCCGCCUAUCCAUCCUUCCAUCCGCUUAUCCGCCCGACUGGUCCGGGGCGGCCUUGUCUGCAUCAUCUGCCGGACUUCUGGGGCCGCCGCCCCGCGCGGUCCCGUCGGCGUCCCUGGCCGCGCCCGGCCCCUGUCCCGCUCGCCCGCCGGCACCAUGAUGGAGGAGAUCGACCGGUUCCAGGUGCCCACCGCGCACUCGGAGAUGCAGCCGCUGGACCCAGCCGCCGCCUCUAUCUCAGAUGGAGACUGUGACGCCCGGGAGGGUGAGUCAGUAGCCAUGAAUUACAAACCAUCCCCGCUCCAAGUGAAGCUGGCAGAGAAGCAGCGGGAGCUGGUUCGGAAGGGUUCCCUGAAGAACGGCAGCAUGGGCAGCCCUGUCAACCAGCAACCCAAGAAGAGUAAUGUCAUGGCCCGGACGAGGCUGGUCGUCCCUAAUAAAGGCUACUCUUCGCUUGACCAGAGCCCUGAUGAGAAGCCACUGGUAGCUCUUGACACAGACAGCGAUGAUGACUUCGACAUGUCCAGAUACUCUUCCUCGGGCUAUUCCUCUGCGGAGAUCAACCAAGAUUUGAACAUCCAGCUGCUGAAGGACGGCUACCGGUUAGAUGAGAUCCCCGACGAUGAGGACCUAGAUCUCAUCCCCCCCAAAUCCGUGAACCCCACCUGCAUGUGCUGCCAGGCCACUUCCUCCACCGCCUGCCACAUUCAGUAGCGGGCGGGGUCGCCGCGGCGCACGGGGCGGGGCCGAGUCGGGCCAGGUGGGACACGAGGCAGGGGCCAACUCCUACCCAGCUGGCCCACCGGUCCCCCUUACAGCCCUGAGCCCCUUACAGCCGCCAACCUCGUAACAGUCAUUGCUUCCUCCUAUGGUAGGACGUGUACCUCUGUGUGUUCAUGGAGCCGGAGAAACCAAAACCGGGUCUGUCUCCAGCCCUGGGGCCGAGGUGGGGGCGGGGCAUGGUUUGUUCAGUUACUUGGGGGAGACCACACCCAAGCACCCUGCCACCUCUCCCCAGAGCUGCAGUCAGGGGGCAGCACUGAAGGCCAGGAGGCCAACUGUGAGCAGUUGGGUGAAGGGAUCAUAAGGCCAGGGGUUUGGCCCCAUGCCAGUGAAGCCAUGAAUUCCCUAGCCCUAGCCUGGAAAGGAAGGGAAGGGGGUUGGAGAAGAAAAGGCCCCAAGCAAUGGGGACAAUUCUCAACACCUCAGAGCCCCUCUCCCCACCCCACCCGUCCCCACCCCCGUGCCAGCCCUCAUCUCCAGAUGGGAAGCCAGGCAAAGCUGUCCGAAGGGAAACUCGUCCCUCAUUAGAUCACUGCC